CCCGUGACGGAAGCCCAUACGUAUCGCCGGGUACCUUACCCACCUCAGACUUUGACCUUCCACCCAUAUAUACCACCAACUUGAAAGAAACACAAACCCGAUUCCCAUCCGCAACCUGUCCAAAUUCCAAAGCACCAAUGGACACCUUCUACAUCUCCCACGGCUCCCCAACUCUCAGCAUCGACGACUCCAUCCCCGCCGGCCAGUUCCUCCGCUCCUGGAAACAAAACGGCUUCCCCUCCAAACCCUCCUCCAUCCUCGUCAUCUCCGGCCACUGGGAAACCUCCGUCCCCACCGUCAACUCCGUCUCCGGCCCCCUCAACACCAUCUACGACUUCUACGGCUUCCCCAAAGCCAUGUACCAGAUCAAGUACCCCGCCCCCGGCUCCCCCGACCUCGCCUCCCGCGUCAAAACCCUCCUCACCAACUCCGGCCGCUUCCCCAAAGUCGCCGUCGACACCACGCGCGGCCUCGACCACGGCGCGUGGGUCCCCCUCAUGUUCAUGUACCCGGAGGCCGACAUUCCCGUCUGCCAGCUCUCCGUCCAGACCAACCGCGACGGGAGCUACCAUUUCGACCUGGGGAGGGCCCUGGCGCCGCUGAGGGACGAGGGCGUGCUGAUCAUGGGCUCCGGCGCCGCCACGCAUAACUUGAGGAUGCUGCGGUACGGGGCGGCGGACGGGGCGGCGGACCCGUGGGCGUUGGAGUUUGAUACGUGGCUUAAGGAGGCGUUGGUGGGAGGGAGAUAUGAGGAUGUGAACCGUUAUGAGGAGAAGGCUCCCCAUGCCAAGAAGGCGCAUCCGUGGCCGGAUCAUUUCUACCCGCUGCAUGUCGCCAUGGGGGCGGCCGGGAAGGAGUCCAAGGCGAAGCUCAUCCAUCACAGCUGGCAGGCUGCUACUCUUUCUUAUGCCUCAUACCAGUUUAGCACAGCUGAUGCCAAUUGAUCUCUGUAUAAUUUGUCAUUUGUGAAAUGUUGCAUCAUCGAGUUUUGUGUGCUGUUAGAAAUAAGGUAUGGAUAGCAUUACCGUUGGCAUUCUCAGAAUUCCGGCAGCUGUGUAUGUUAUCUUAUUACUGUAUGAAUAUGCAUUUGUAAAUUGUAAAAGACUCAAGAGUAUAUGUGAUGAACAUCUCAUUACUGUGAAUAUGCAUUUGUAAAUUGUAA